ACACAUGUAACUGAAACAUAGCAAAAACCUUAUCUGGAACUAGCACUUUUUUCUCUUUAUAACAAACCAAACCUUAAUGGUCCUUGUUCUCUUUAUUUUUGAUUCAAAUACUACCUGAGACUCACUCAUAUACUCUCACCCCCAAUAAAUAUCAUUUUUAUUAGAGACCCAAUUGCCAAGUAUUCUCUCUGUCUCUGUCUCUGUCUCUGUCUCUCUCUAGAACUGAAAGGAAUCUAGGGUUUGCAACAGUGAAUCUUCUUCCACGUCAGUUUUCUGUGCUUUUCAGCAGACCAUGUGAGAUUUCUUGAUACUUAUAGGAGAGAAAAGGAGCAUAUUAAUCUUGUAGUAGAAUGGCGACAGAGAGUCCAAUUAGAAUGUCAGAAACUAGUGGAAAAUGGCCCACCCAUAAGGAGGCUGUGACAUUUGCGGCAUCAUCUGCUAGUAUGGCAGCAGAGGAGUUGGGAUUGCUUCUCAAGGGCCGUGGGUUUCAAGUCAGUGGCAGGGAUGCUGUCCCUAAUCGAAGUGGAAGUGCACCCCCAAGCAUGGAAGGUUCAUUUUUGUCCCAGCAGACCCACAACUUGAAUGCAAGCUUGGAAAGUCUGAACAAUGCUUUUAAGAACUUUGAGUCUGAGGAACAAGUGCGUUCUGAUCCAGCUUAUGUAGCUUUUUACCGUGCCAAUAUCAACCAGAAUCCCCGGCUUCCUUUGCCCCUUCCCUCAUCAGAGAAUUGCCGUCUGGUACGCCAUAUUGGUAGUUUUGGAAAUAACUGGAUGUUGGCUUCUGUGGAUGAUAGUGGCAAUGGCUCCUUGCGUAUGUCUCACGGACCCCUUUCUACUCACAAAGAAGAGUCUGAAGAUGAUCAGUCACCUCAAAAGCCUUAUGACGAUCGGGUAGAUGGGACAAGUGGGUUUUGGGCUGGGCAGGAUGUGGCUUCAUUAGCGGGCCAACACAAGAAUGUGGUUGAUUUAAUACAGGAAGAUUUUCCCCGCACUCCAUCACCUGUAUAUAGUCAGUCUAACUUGUUAAGUCAAGGAGUAGUGGAUGAAGCAGUUGACCAUGAUGCCCUUAUUGGCACAUCAAAUGGCGUUUCAUCUACUCUUGGUUCAGAUGAUAGAAGGAUAUCAUCAGAUUCUGAUCCUUUAGCUGCGCCUACUUCAAGCUCAUCAUCUCAUGCUCGUACAGGAAGAGCGGAUGUUAAUGAUUCAGAUGUUACUGCUAUGGAAUUUCAAAUGAAGUCUCUUAAUAUAUCUAACCUUCCAAAUUCAGAAAAUCAAAAAAACCAAGAACAACGGCAGUGUAGCAGCCAGAAUAACUUGUUGCAACACCAGGUACACCAACAACAAAGCAAUUUAUCUCAAGCUCCAUCUGCCAAGUCUCGAGUGAUAUCUCAAGGUGUAAACUGUGCAUACAUUGGUGUGGAUCAGGUUCUCCAUAAUCCUAGCAAGUUUGCAGCGGAGGUACAGCCCGUGCUUCAGUCAUCUGGGUUCACACCUCCACUCUAUGCUACCGCAGCAGCCUACAUGGCUUCAACAAACCCUUUUUACCCUAAUGUCCAGGCCCCAGGCUUAUAUUCCCCACAGUUUGUAGGUGGAUAUGCUUUGAAUCCUGCAGCUGUUCCUCCAUAUAUUGCUGGAUACCCUCCCAAUGGUGCUGUACCUGUUGUCGUUGAUGGAACUGCUGGUCCAAGCUAUACUGCUCAAACAUCUGGGGUUUCAACUGGGGGAAACAUUGCACAUGGAGCUGAUAUGCAACAUUUAAGCAAGUUAUUUGGACAAUUUGGUUUUCCACUACAAAGUUCUUUUGGUGAUCCUAUAUACAUGCAAUACCAUCAACAUCCUUAUGGAGAGGCAUAUAGUGGUAUUACUGGUCAGCUUGAUCCAUUGGCAUCUAGAGGUGGUGUUAAUAUUGGGAACCAGGCGAGUGUUCUUGAUUCACAGAGAGGAUCCAACAAUGCUGGUUAUUUGGAGGACCACAAAUUCAGUCAUCAGAUAAAUGGAGGCCCAAGUCAUUUUAACCCAGGAAGAGGGGGGAUGAUGAGUCCUAGCUAUUAUGGAAGCCCUUCAAACAUGGGUUUUGUGAUGCAGUACCCGAACUCACCACUUGCUAGUCCAGUUUUACCAGGAUCUCCUGUAGGUGGGACCAGUAUUCCGGGGGGCAGAAAUGAAAUGAGAUUUGCUCCGGGCUCUGGUAGAAAUGCUGGUGUAUAUCCUGGAUGGCAAGGUCAAAGGGGCUUUGAGAGUUUUGGUGACCCCAAAAUAUAUAAUUUUCUGGAAGAGUUAAAAUCAGGCAAAGGCCGAAGAUUUGAGCUAUCUGAUAUCGUAGGUCAUAUUGUUGAAUUCAGUGCUGAUCAACAUGGGAGUCGAUUUAUUCAGCAGAAGUUGGAAAAUUGUACUGGAGAAGAGAAGGCAUCUGUAUUUAAAGAAGUUCUUCCACAUGCUUCCAAGCUAAUGACUGAUGUAUUUGGUAACUACGUUAUUCAGAAGUUUUUUGAGUAUGGAAGCCCUGAGCAGAGAAAGGAACUUGCUAAUCAACUCACAGGUCAAGUGUUGCCUUUAAGUAUGCAGAUGUAUGGCUGUCGUGUAAUCCAAAAGGCACUUGAGGUUAUUGAGCCUGAACAGAAAGCACAGCUUGUCCGAGAGCUGGAUGGACAUGUUAUGAGAUGUGUUCGUGAUCAAAACGGGAAUCAUGUAAUACAAAAGUGCAUUGAGAGUGUUCCAACAGAGAAAAUUGGGUUUAUAAUAUCUGCUUUUCGUGGUCAAGUUGCAAUGCUUUCUACGCAUCCUUAUGGUUGCCGUGUCAUACAGAGAGUUUUAGAGCAUUGUACAAAUGAGCUGCAGUGUCAGUUUAUAGUGGAUGAGAUUUUGGAGUCUGUUUGUACUCUUGCUCAAGACCAGUAUGGCAAUUAUGUCACCCAGCAUGUACUGGAGAGGGGAAAGCCUCAUGAAAGAAGCCAGAUUAUAAGCAAGUUGUCAGGACAUAUUGUACAACUGAGCCAGCAUAAAUUUGCAUCAAACGUUAUUGAGAAAUGUUUGGAGUAUGGUGGCCCCACUGAACGAGAACUAUUAAUUGGGGAGAUUUUUGGGCAUAAUGAAGGAACUGAUAAUUUAUUGACAAUGAUGAAGGAUCAAUUUGCAAAUUAUGUGGUCCAGAAGAUUCUUGAAAUAUGUUCUGAUAAUCAGCGGGCUGUAUUGCUUGCUCGCGUAAGAGUUCAUGCUCAUGCUUUGAAGAAAUACACUUACGGGAAACACAUUGUUGCUCGAUUUGAACAGCUAUUUGGAGAAGAAAAUCCAGUAGCUGGAUCGUGAUGCCAGAACUAGGUAUUCAUCAAGGUCUCUUGUUGGUGUGCUGCUGCUAUGGCACGUCUAUCUGACCUAAGACAGGUUUAUGCUUCUUAAGAAAGCCGUCCUGUGGUUGCUCUUAUGCAAUAUGGUAACUUUCACCUUAGGAAAGCUUCAACUAGUUCAGCCAAUUAGUAAAAAUGGGGGGGUUGUAAAGUGAUUGAAUAUAUGUAUAUUUUUCAGACAGUAUGUUCCUGUAUUAUGGUAGGGUAAUUAUUGGUUUAGAUUGCAAUCCAAGGGUAAUUAUUUGGAAGGAAACCCUUCCUUGGGUGUAAUUUUAUUAUUUACUGGAUUUGCUUUGCUGUGUGUGGUUUUCAAGGUAAAUUACUAUGUAGUUUGUUUUCACAUUUUACAAGAAUAACUACAGAAAUGGUAACUCAGGAUUUUCUAU